AUGAGCCAGCUCAAGUCUGAUAAUGGCAAUGACACCCAUGACCAUACUAGAGUCCACGAUGAUGAUUUGGACACAGAAAAUGAGCCUUCCGGUGAGAGCAUGUACAACAAUGGCAAGGGCAUCGCAGUCUCCAUGGUGUUUACCCCACUUCUACCACCUCCAGCAACUGGAGAAAAACGCCACAAAAAUGCUAAAUCGCAGCCCAUAAAUCGUGCCUUGUUCAUCCAUGAAGAUUCGACCCUCCGAAACCUUCUUGACACAACAUUUGAACAGUAUGAUAUAUCCAACAAAAUGAUGUAUGGUAUUGGCAAUAGAUCAGGUCUUCUCACUCCUACAAACUUCACCAUCACCUAUAUGAUCCUUCGCACAAACUACAAGAAUAUUGUUCUUGGAAACAUCAGCGAUUUCACCACAAUCAUGGAAGAAGUCAAAGAGCACCGGUCACCAGCCUUCAAAUUGACUAUUGUCGAGACGAAGUAUGAUGAUGGUGAAGAAGCCGAAGAGGACAAGGACACUGAAGGUCCAACUGACGAAGAGAUGGAGCAAAACGAAGCAAUUGCGAACUUGACUUGCCAGUACACAUGUGAAGACCGAGCAUGUGGCUUUCGUAUCUGCUGGCCAGCUCCACCGGAGGCCAAGCAUGUCAACCUGACACUGUUACAUCUCAACACGUGGGCUGCUGCAAUGGUUGGUCCAAACAGGCAGCCAAGUGUCAAUUUAGACAAUCCACCAAACACAAAGAUUUUCGAUGUUACAUACACAGAUCCAACCGACAUUGCAAUGCUCUCACGACAUCAUCUCAAUGCAGUUACACAGACUCAAUCCUCCACACCAAGUAUUGUCAUCAACAACGACUUCAAGGAUAUCGUCGGCCUCCUGAACAGUGACCAUGGACCUGAUCCUGCUAUCAAGAAUGCCCCACAGCCUGUUCUCCAUCAACAACCUGCUCUUCGACCAAAAUUGAGUCUACUUGAUUUUUGCAAUUGCUUUGAGCUUUCGUGGUGGCUAUGCGAGAAGUUGGACAACAUUGAUGUGACUGGCCCACAUUGCCUUCAGUUCCUUCAGAAUGCCAACUUACUUGGUGCUGGAUUAUCUCUUGGCGAGCUCGCAGAUAUUUGUGAUGCUGAGGAAUGGUGGAUGCUCGAAACUUAG